AUAUAUUUUAUUUUUUGAAGUAUAUUUUAUUAAUUUGUAGCAAUAUUUAAUCUCAGGUGGAACAUGUGGUUAUGGAAACUAUGGAAAUUAUAUGAAUAAUGUGCGGGUCACUGCAGUCUCCUCCAAGCUCUACAACAAUGGAGCUGGUUGUGGUGCAUGCUAUCACGUAACAUGCAAGGAGAAGCCAGUAUGUGUUUCCUGGUUCAAUGGAACAUGCAGCAGGGUGGAGACAAUAUGCAGUUUCAGUGGAACAAAGCUAAUGGUGACUGACAAUAGAGAAGGUCCAGUUGGAACUGACUUCAUUAUACCUUAUACAAACUUUGGUUCAUUGGCUGUUCAUCCUGGUGUAGCUUAUUAUGUGUAUGCAAAAGGAGUGGUUGAUGUAAAUUACAGAAGAGUUUCUUGCACCAACAACAAUAAUGGUAUCAUUAAUCUAGCACUCGAGGUCGAUGAACAUACUAAUUAUCCUGCCUACAUUGCCUUUGUUCCAAUUACUUAUCAAGGAGGUCUCACUGAUAUCUUGGCUAUCGAAAUCUAUGAGGAAAAAUGCAACAAAUGGAUAGAAAUGAGGAGGGCAUAUGGAGCUGUGUUUGACAUGGCUAACCCACCAAGUGGACCACUAAUACUAAGGAUUCAAGUGACUGAUCAUGAUGGCAGCAUCACCAAAUGGGUGCAGUCCAAAAAGGCUAUCAUCCCUUCAUACUGGAAGCCUGGAACUAUUAUUCAAACUGACAUUCAACUUUCUUGAUGUACAAUAUAAGUAGUUAAUAUUCCAAAACAUGAAAUAAUUGAUUACUAAUUGGCCAUCUCUAAUUAGCUAUAUAAAUGGAGAUGACCUAAUAAAGUUUAUGUAAUUCGUCAGCGUUAAUGUUAUUUUGUUACAGUUUUAA